GUGUCUUGACGUCUGCCGCAAGUAAUCCGUUUUGACGACAUUGGAGUUGCAUUGGAGCUCAGGCUUGAGCUAGAUGGACUUGGACAACGAUGAAGAUACGGAGACUACCGACUCCGAGUCGGAGAGCAGCAAAGAUGUCAUGUCCGAGCCUGGCUGGAUUCACUACCAGCCGCCCACGUACUCGAGGCAAGCUUAUCCACGCUUUCCCUACGAACUCAUCGAGCGCAUCAUGGACUUCCUUUGGGAUGAUCCCGGGGCGUUUGCGGGGUGCUGCCUCGUUUGCCACGCGUGGUAUUGCGCCACGCGCCCGCUCUUCCCUACGAUGACCGACCGCAAAUUCACAGAUAAGACCAGAUUUAUGCAAUUCGUGAGGCUCCUCGCCCGGCCAAGGAACUGGCCGUAUUUCAAGGCUCAGCUCACAUCACUUGAACUUCAUAGACAGUUCGCGCACUCCUGGGUGAUGCACAUCCCCGUAUGUUUGCUACCGCAAAUAAUGCGCCUCACGUUCUGCGAUGUGGAUUGGGCGACUAUCAACCCCCACCCUCAGCACUUCCUCCGCCUCUCACAUUGCAAAGAUUCCCUGCAAUUCCUGGCACUUUACCGAUGCCGCUUUCGCAGCACACUCGACCUUCGCAGGAUGAUUAAUGCACUGCCCAACCUCUCUGAUGUGACCCUUGAUGCAAUAACAUUCCAGCACCCUUCCCCACCGAGGACGGAUCUGGCUAUGUCCACCGUCAAGAUGGCCCAUCACAAGCUCCGUGGGAUGCGUAUCUGGAACCCAUGCUAUGACGCAACAAAUUCCAUCGCAUCUGGACGUGUUCGCUUGCAGGGCUUUCUGGAUCUCUGCUCCGCAUACCCAGCUAUCAAUGACCUCAGCUUUGACCUAUGGCAUUUCACCUCUCUCCCGGAGAUCGAGGACUAUCUACGACGUUUUCGCAAUUUAUCUAGCUUGUCAAUACACCUAGACUGUGCAGAUGACACGUACCCAGAUCUGAAAAGCGCACCAGUUGAUAUGGCCGCCGGAGGGCACACAGACCCAGUCCAUCCACUUCGAUACUCUUUAUCGGAAAUCAAGAUCGGCUUCGUGUCCUCGAGAUGCGCGUUACAGUUGCUGACACUGGUCAGUCCGCGAACAUGCCAUCCGAGACUGCGGACAUUGGUUAUCAAGCUCGCGGACCCACCAUGUGCAGAACUUAUAGCGAAGGUGACCAAUAUACUGCAGAUCUCAGGAGCUGUACUCGAGGCGUUCGAUUGGAGGCAUGGGUCGACGUAAGCGUAGCCUUCGAAGCCUUCCCUCGUCGCCGCAGAUCAUACAAAGGACUCUCGAAGCCUUGCUGUCCGACAUCACCAGCCCGCAUCUGCGAAGAAUUUCGCUUUACAUCUGGCUCAAUCAAUCUGAUAUCAUCCAGGACGCGAAUGAGGUCC